CCUCACCUUGCUCUUGGUGUUGGUCCACAUAAGGACUCUGGUCCCUUAACCAUUCUUGCCCAAGAUUAGGUUGGAGGACUUGAAGUGAAGUGUAAAACAAAUCAACAAAUGGUUCUGGUAAAGCUCGUCCGAGAUGCUUACAUUAUUAAUGUUUGUGAUAUCAUUCAGCAACAGAACAACAAUGGGAGAGGUGGACCCAGCUUUUGUCCAAGACCAACAACAUAGACCAAAACUAUCCAUUAUCGAAGCCAAAGGAAUUCCCGAAAUUGACCUCUCCCCUAUACUCCCCCAUGCAGCUCCAGAUCAAUAUGACAUUGAUACCUUAGUGAAGGAAAUUGGAACUGCAUGCAAAGAGUGGGGUUUCUUUCAAGUCACAAACCAUGGGGUGUCCCUUAGUCUUAGGCAGAAGCUUGAGGAAGCUUCUAGAAAGUUCUUUGCUCAGAGUUUGGAGGAUAAGAAGAAAGUUGGAAGAGAUGAGAUCAAUCCUACUGGUUAUUAUGAUACAGAGCAUACCAAGAACGUUAGAGACUGGAAAGAAGUGUUUGAUUUUCUUUCUAAAGAUCCCACCUUUAUUCCUCUGACUUCUGAUGAAUUUGAUAAUCGGGUUAUUCAAUGGUCUAAUCCAUCCCCUCAAUACCCUCCACAAUUCAGAAUUAUAAUUGAAGAGUAUAUUGAAGAGAUGGAAAAGCUGGCAUAUAAGUUGCUGGAACUCAUAGCUUUAAGCUUAGGUGUUGAAGCAAAGAGGUUUGAAGAAUUCUUCAAGGAUCAAACUAGCUUCAUUAGAUUCAAUCACUAUCCUCCAUGCCCUUAUCCUCACCUAGCUCUUGGCGUUGGACGGCACAAGGAUGCUGGUGCCUUAACCAUUCUUGCCCAAGAUGAUGUUGGGGGUCUUGAAGUGAAGCGUAAAACUGAUCAAGAGUGGGUUCUAGUGAAGCCAACCCCAGAUGCUUAUAUUAUCAACAUUUGUGAUAUUAUUCAGGUUUGGAGUAAUGAUGUCUAUGAGAGUGUGGAGCACAGAGUAACGGUGAACACGAAGAAAGACAGGUUUUCUAUUCCGUUCUUCUUAAACCCAGGACAUGACGCUGAAAUCAAGCCUUUGGAGGAGCUUAUAAACGAACAAAACCCAUCAAAAUAUAGGCCAUAUAAAUGGGGUAAAUUUUUUGUCCACAAAAUAGGAAGCAAUUUCAAGAAACAAGAUGUGGAGAAUCUUCAAAUUUAUCAUUAUAAGUUAUCUUAGAGAUGGAUAGAUAGUUUAAUAAAAUUAUCACUUAGUUCAGCUACAGUUACAUAAUAAAAUUAAGAUUGAUUUAAUUUAGACAAUAUCUAUGUAGUUUACCGGUAAGAGUUUGAUAACAACUCUUUUUAAGAUAGUACUGUUAUUAAUAAAUUUUUUUCUUUUCA